UUUUCUAUCUUUGAUACGGCAACGGAUAUGUCGCAGAUGCACUAGCAAGUAAUAUGCAACAUUUCUUGCAAGAGAAACUUUUGUGACAUGUGUAACAGAAUAUGUGUAAACAUGUGUGAACACAUCUAAAAUAAUAACUGGAUGUACUAUUUCUUUCGCGGACUGAAUGAAGGAGUCAAAUAUAUAUGACGGAAAGGCAUAUGAUUUGCAAACUAUUAAGGCGGCCCUGAUUUUUUGUACGAAAUGUUCACAAGAUGGUGCUAUAUAUGUAGGACUUGUUACGCCUCUUCCGGCGAGACACAUAACUAACAUGUCUCGACGCCACCAAGCGCAUACGCGGGAAACCAAUAAACAAAAGUGACGAAAAAGACGGCGGAAACACAAAGAAAAUCAUUGUUCUUUCUUCGACUCUCCUAGAGACAACGGUUAUGGAAGUCAUAGUCUGUAUCUGCUACGCAACGAACAAAGCUAAAUAAAUAUCACAAUUGUUACUUGAUGUGCAAAGUUUCUCUCUACAUAGUGGAUUGUCAACGAUAAAUCCACAGACAUCGUUUACUGUUAUUAUUAUCAAGACCACUUAAGAUUGCGCGUGCUGGUACAAUUUGCCAAGAAGUUCGUCGUUCUGCUACUUACAGAUAAUCAUUGCUUCUCAAGUCAAUUUCGGUCUACAUCGCAAAUGAGUAUUUUGGAACCUCAGAACCAUAGAACUUCUUAAGUAAGACUUAUCAACGAUAAUUUGACAACAAUUGGUGACACUGACGUGAUCCUUGUGCCUCAAGAUAUCGUAUAAAAGGAAAAACGUAUCGGCGUCAGCCAUCCUGCCUCAUCUUAAAAUACGGGCCUCAUGUUCAGAACACUUGAAAAAGAAUCACAAACAUCGAACACCAUGUUAAGAGCCAACAGUAUAUAUACAGACUAAAAUACCUGACAGUCCUUAAGGAUCUUGAUUAAGACACGAUCGAGCUGAUUUCAGACGUGAUACACAGGAUUUAGCGCGAAACUGAAUCCAAUCUCCAGGAAUUAACAGCAACGGCUAGUUAAGCACAGAAGAUACAGACGACAAAGGAACUCAUUCUGAUAAAAAAAAACAGAAUAACAACGGACAAAUGACGCCACGAAACACUGCGACAGUUUUUUCUAUCGCACCAGCGUCAAUAACAGGAACAAUAGUAGGAAAUACUUUUGGUAUGUAGAACCUGUGUACAAUUGUAAUCAAUCACCUGGCUGUAACAGUAUAUUGCGUGACAAAUAUUAUUCGAUGAGUAAACUUAAAUUUGCGGCGUUCACCAAAAUUCGACCGGAUCUCUGGUUCAUCAUGGCUGAGGCUGAUUUCACUACUUUUGGAAUCAUUUAUGAUAAAGUAAAAUACCUGACGGUCCUUAAGGCCCUGAUUUCAGACAUGAUACAACAGGAGCCCGCUACAGAUGAGACAAUGCUCCCAAAUAGAACACCUCAGCUACUGCGACAAAUACGCGAAUUGGCUGAUGGUUUCGUUGAUGAUAGCAUAUUGCAACAACUUUGGCUUGAACGAAUACCAACAUAUAUCAAAACCUAUAUGAUUACCACAAGUAAACUUUUACAUGAUCCUAUAGCCGAGAAUGCGGACCGUUUUUACGAGCUGAUGCCUUACGUUCAACACAAUAACCAGGUUAUGUAUGGCAACCUUUACAUGCUAUCUUGCAUCACCGACUCUUUAUGACAUUGACUCAAAGUUCAUAGAAAUUCAAAAAUUUUUUGUGAUGGAGAUCAAUGUGUUCAUAUCACAACUCAUUCUACUGCAACAACAAAACCAACAACUACAGGCUUGACAAUCUCCGACGCAUCAUAGUCGCAGCAGUCCAAGAUCAUCGACACCUACUCGCAAUAGAAUCUCCUAUUAUCACCAAAGUUUUGGCAGCGAAGCAAAACGCUGCCUUUUACCUUGUAAAUUUGCUUCAAUGACAACCUGACAACAACAAAUCAGGGAAACUAACGUCGCUGUCAUUAGUAAGAGCAGUGAAAGACAGCAAUUCCAGACCAAAAGAGCUCCGUCUACACUACCAAACAGAAAUUCUUGUUUGACUCUGGGUCGGUCGUGUUUAUAACAUCUGCAAAACGUUUCAUAAAAAUAGAAAUACCGACUCACACUUUAUGCUGCAAAUUCAUCACAAAUA